UUUCUUCUACAAACUCCACUCCGCCCAGAAGAGAGAUCGCGGCUGUAGUAGCGGCAGAACCCCGAAGAUGGAAGCGGAAGCAGUAGCGGUGGCUCCGGCCAGUCAUAUUCCUCAGGAAGAAAAGGCUCGCAGUGAUAUCUUGCUCUUCAAUCGCUGGAGCUACGAUGAUGUGCAGGUUAAUGACCUUUCUGUUGAAGAUUACAUUACUGCUACAGCUGGGAAGCAUCCUACCUACACUCCCCACACUGCUGGUAGGUAUCAAAUGAAGAGGUUCAGGAAGGCCCAGUGCCCAAUUGUGGAGAGGUUGGUUAACUCAUUGAUGAUGCAUGGAAGGAACAAUGGUAAAAAGCUUAUGGCUGUCCGCAUUGUCAAGCAUGCCAUGGAAAUCAUCCAUUUGCUGACUGACCAAAACCCAAUCCAAGUGAUUGUGGAUGCUGUCAUCAACAGUGGACCAAGAGAAGAUGCUACCCGUAUUGGGUCAGCUGGUGUUGUGAGACGUCAAGCUGUUGAUAUUUCUCCACUCCGUCGUGUCAACCAGGCUAUCUACCUCUUAACAUCAGGUGCCCGCCAAAGUGCUUUCAGGAACAUAAAGACCAUUGCAGAAUGCCUUGCUGAUGAACUCAUUAAUGCCGCUAAGGGUUCCUCAAACAGUUAUGCGAUCAAGAAGAAGGAUGAGAUCGAGCGUGUUGCUAAGGCUAACCGUUGAGAGUUUCUCAAAGCCAAACUGCUCCUUCCCAUGUUUCGCCGACAUUGUGUUUUGCAGUUUUGUUGUUUUAUUAUUACCAUUAAGGAUUGUGGACAAAUGUUUAGAGAUUUUUAAUGCUCAUGUUUUGAGUUAAUACUGGAGUUUGAUGAAUCAGAAUCUCAGAAAUGCCUUAAAAUUAUGUUUUUUUAGUUUGCUAUCAA